GAGGUUGUCUUCUACGACGUCCGCGCGAGCUAUCGCCGCUGGUAGAUUUCGAUCCUGUUUCUUGCCGUAUAUAAGCGUUCGCCAGUCGGCGGCCCUACAUUAUUCUAGCACUGCUUGAGUAACUCAACAUGCCACCCAAAGUUAGUUCUAAAGGAGCAAAGAAGGCCGGUAAGGCAAAGGCCGCCCGCGUCGGCGACAAGAAGAAGAAGAGGAGGAGGAAGGAAAGUUACAGCAUCUACAUCUACAAGGUGUUGAAACAGGUCCACCCUGAUACCGGUAUCAGCAGCAAGGCUAUGUCCAUCAUGAACAGCUUUGUUAACGAUAUCUUCGAGAGAAUCGCCGCUGAGGCAUCCCGUCUCGCCCAUUACAACAAGCGAUCCACCAUCACCUCUCGGGAGAUACAAACUGCUGUCCGCCUCCUCCUCCCCGGUGAACUGGCCAAGCACGCCGUCUCUGAGGGCACCAAGGCUGUCACCAAGUACACCAGCUCAAGUAGACAGUUCAUUAGAACUUAUACUUACAUCCAACGGUCCUUUUCAGGACCACCCAAAUCUCACAAAAGAACACUUGAAAACAUGAUGAAAACAAUGAAUGAAUCAAUGAAUGAAUGUGUAAUCAUAUUAAUAGCGACGACUAUGAAACCUUAA